AUGGCUGACGCUAUCGCCGUAGCUCACGCCCUCUGUGUGGAAAGUCGAGACAAUGCUGCCGCUGCAGCCCGUGGGGCCGUUUCCGGAUCAGUUCCUGCCGAUGGUUCUUCCCCAUCAACCACGGUUGUUAGCACUGCGUCUCCUUCCGCAGCAGCCGAUACACCUCUACCCGGAAGCGGUGCUGAGAAUCCUGGGAAUGAUCCGGGGCGCGGCGAUAUAGAAAUUCCAGCCACCAUCGAGUACACCCAUGGCAUGUCCUGGCGUUUUUGCAAGCAAUGCCGUCUAAUUCGCCCCAUGAAAGUAAGCUACUGGACAGACAAGCGGCAUCCGCAGACCUCCCGUAGCUUCUGGGCGGGUGCUGGUGGAAGAGUAGAAACGCAAACAAGUGCACUUCUGCUUAGCCUUCCUGAUGGGCUCCUCCUCCAACUUCCAUCGUAA